AUGGAGGAGGGAAGAAACAUGAUCACCAGGAGUCGUUUGUCGGCUACUCCACUGUGUGUUUGUGUCCCUCAGCUCGACUUCAUUUAUUCUCCCUGCUUGCCAACACCAUCACCAAGACCUCCACAGAUGGUCUCCACCUUUGUUCCAGUCCCCUUCCCAGUGGAUUUGACAGGAGAGUGCAUGUCCUGGAUCAAGAGGGCGUGUGCAAGAUAUUCUUCUCUUUCUUCACUCAUCAAAUUUGAGCUUUCACCUGCUGACAAAUGCAAACCCUGGGAGGACAGAGUUGAAGAGUGUUGGAGUAAACCCACAGCGUGUUUGUGGGAUAAUUCAUCCAUGGUGCUGCAGGAAAGGAGCUUCAGGGACAGCUGGGUGGAGAGCCGCAUCGCCCCAACACUGAUGGGCUAUGAAAUCCUGGAGGAGAGGACGAAGUUCACGGUUUACAAGAUCCUGGUGACAGGGAGUCAAGGAGACCGCUGGGUAAUUUUCAGAAGAUACACAGACUUCACCAAACUCAAUGAUAAGCUUAGGGAGCUGUUUCCCAGCGUUUGUCUCACUCUGCCUCCUAAACGCUGGUUUAAAAACAACUAUGAUGAAGAGUUUCUGGAAGCGAGGCAGACUGGGCUGCAGACAUUCCUGCAGAACCUGACACUGGACAAAGACAUCAUUAACAGUGAAGCGGUGAAACACUUCCUGUGUUUAUUUGACCCUCCAGAUCCGUUCGAUAGUCUGGAUGAAAGCAGGGCAUUUUGUGAGACACUGGAGGAAACUAACCACUGUCUUCAAAGGGAACUGGUGGAAAAACAGCGAGAGGUUGACAGUUUGAAGGAGAUGAUAGAGCAGAGACAAAAGCACAUGGAGCAACUGAUGGAGAAAGUCCAGUCUAUGGCUCUGUCUUGGGAAAGUGACGACAGUGUGAGAUGUCACCACAAAUACACAGAAGACGCUGAUGAGAAAGUAUAUAAACAAAAAAAACCAAUAAUUAGACAAUUAAUGGUGUGAAAUGAAAAGUAAAAUAUUCAUCACUGGUAAAUUCAUGUCUUAAACUGUGAGCUUUGUUAUGUAUGUGUCUGUACAUGUGUUUGAAGGGGGUUAUAUAUUUUUCUAUGUAAGUAUAUUAUGUCUGGCUGUAUAUAAAUUCAA